AUGAAAGCUGUCGUAUUACUUCUUUGCUUUGUUGCUCUAGCAAGUGCUCAGGUUGUUCACCAACGACCUACCUUGCGGCAAAACUCCGAUCACAUCGGAUACCCUUUGCCACCAAGAGCCCUUAGAGCUCUGCCAAUCAAUUUCCCGAAUGUUGGUGAUCUGGUCGCAACGAUCGUACAACAAAUUGUGGAUUAUAUCUUCCCUGAUGGCACAUCGUUGCGAAGCGCUGAGCCAACUGUAGAAGGUAUUGGAAAACUAGUAUCCUGGAUAGUGAAUCAGGUUAUCGCUCUGAUAACCAGCGACGCAUCAAUGCUUCGAAUGCAAAACGAAGACGACGAAGAUAACGAAGACAAGCAAUAUUUACCCAUGUAUCCAUUUUUGCGCCCGAUGCCACGAUCCAAGUAG